UACUCCGUCCGUACCCACUCUUUGAUACGCGCCUAUCGCACGAACAUCUCACCGAAGCAAUAAAACACUGGAUCCUAGGAAAAUGACAAUCGCACCCCUGUCGAAUAUCCAAGUCACCUCUCGCCAGAUUCCGCGAUGGCGGCACAUACCAAACACCUCGAUCCAAUCCAAACCCCUCAUGAUCUACCACAAAGCCUUCACUGCGACCCCUGACCAGCUAGCGUCCCAUUUCAGCAAAGUUGGAGAGGUCAUGCCACAGUGGGUGUACGGGAUGUAUGACCAGACACAUUUCCACAGCACUACGCAUGAAGUCUUGGGGGUUGUGUCCGGUCGUGCGCGUCUUUGCUUCGGUGGCGAGGACAACCCAGAUCGGUUCGAACCUACCGUUGAGAAGGGCGACUUGAUCAUUGUCCCUGCCGGUGUGGGCCAUCGGCUUCUGGAGGACCUUGAUGGCCAGGAGGGGUUCAAGAUGGUUGGCGCCUAUCCAGGUGAUAAGUCAUGGGACAUGUGCUAUGGCAAGCCAGAGGAUGAGGAACAGGUUGAGAAUAUUAGGAACGUGGAAUGGUUUCACGGAGACCCAUUGUUUGGACCUAAUGGCCCAGCUCUACAUGUGUAGGUAGGAUUUCAAAUCCGGUGCGAGAUGUUCUAUAUGGUCAUCUAGUGGACUCGCAUGAUCCGGCUUGUUUGCGAGACAGGUUUGAUAGUGCUUAAGAAAUGAGUAAAGACAGUAGGAAAAGCAAAAGGAAAGUCCCACUACCCAGGUCUAAGGGCCGCAUCGUGGUUGGCAUAAACAAAAAGAAGAAAAAGAUAUGGGACCAACCGGGAUCGAACCGGUGACCUUUAGAUUACACUAC